AUGGAGUCCCCCGUUCUCAAGAGCGAGGACUCUCUCGGCUGUCGCCCGCGAUUCCGUCGCUGGUGCCAAAGCCGCCGCUGCCAGCUGUGGCGGCUGCUGCUGCUACCCUUCAUACCGAUCCUGGCGCUGAUCAUCCAGACCACUUUAUCACUGAACAGCAGCCUGACUAAUGGGCUAGAGGUUGCUGAUGUGGAGGAACAGGUUAGCAGAGCAACAGAGCUUGGUAAAUUGGUGACAAGGCUGCAGCAAGAGAGAUCUGAGGUGGCUUUCUUCAUCUUCACCAACGGGAGUACCCUAAGAUCGAACUUAACCCAGCGCUUUGCAGCGACGGAUAGUGCUUUGGAUCAGAUGGGAGAACUACCAAACCUUGUGUUCAAGAAUCGGGCGAAAUCUAUCAACGGAAGUGUCUUUUUGCGAGAAUUAUCUGCUUUAAGGGCCAAGAUCAAUCCGGGUACGUCCAUGUCAGAGGUCGUGGAAUGGUACACCAACGCGAACGCUGCCUUACUGACUCACCUCACUAAAGAAAUAAAGGACACUGACAGCAGUACUAUAUGGAGCGUGAGUCCAUAUCUAGUAGGAUUCAAGAACCUUCUCCGGAGUAUAGAGUGUAAAGGCAUAGCAUCAGUGCUUGGUAUAAAUUACUUCGCAUGGGGAUACCUGCAGGCCAGAGCUCAUGAAAGGUACAUCACUCACAUGGUCCUCGGCCGAGACCUCUUGGACAACACUUUGAACCUGGUGCCAGCAUUGAUCCCUCUGCACAAGGAUAUAAAAGAAGACAGUCCAGAGUACCAGGUUCUGGAAAGGAAAAACCAGCAAAUAGUUGACAACAAGCAGCGGGCAGGCAGCGUCACAGAUGCCAUAGAAUACUUCGACCAGACUGCCACGUUGCUGUUCAAACUACGCGCGGUGCAGAAGCAGCUGCGAGAGUAUAUACGAAAUGGCGUCAAUGAGAGUUUACGAAAUGCGCGCCAAAGCGAAGCUGUGUGUGCCGCCAUCUUGGUCCUCGUGUGCGUGAUAUCUCCCAUAAUCAUAGUACUGGUUAGGAAUGCAGUCAAUACCAUACAGGUGUACGCAAGAAAUCUGUCAGAGAAAGCAAGAGAAUUGGAGUACGAGAAGGAAUUGAGCGACUCUCUUCUCUACCAGAUGUUGCCCGCCAGUGUGGCGAAACAGUUGAAACAAACACAACAGGUCCCAGCAGAGUUUUUCGCAUCAGUCACUGUAUAUUUCAGCGAUAUAGUUGGCUUCACUGCAAUCGCCGCUGUCUCCACGCCCUAUCAGGUUAUUAGCUUUUUGAACUCAGUGUACAAGUUAUUCGAUGAAAGAAUAGAAUGCUACGAUGUUUAUAAAAUAGAAACCAUCGGAGACUCGUAUAUGGUCGCGUCAGGGCUGCCAGUGAGGAACGGCAAUAGACACGCGACAGAAAUAGCAAGUAUGGCACUAGAAUUACUGGAAGCUACGUCCAUAUGUCGACUACCGCAUCGCCCCGAACAGACUCUCUACAUGCGGAGUGGUAUUCACACGGGGCCCUGUGUGGCCGGUAUCGUGGGUACCAAAAUGCCGAGGUACUGUCUUUUCGGAGACACCAUCAACACAGCUAGCAGAAUGGAGAGCACUGGGGAACCAAUGAAGAUUCAAAUAUCGGAAGACGUCAAACGAGCGCUAGACAGAACCGGCUAUUUCAUCACAACUCCGCGAGGAAUGGUGGAUGUCAAGGGUAAAGGUGAAAUGAUGACCUUCUGGUUGGAAGGCAGGACCGGACCAUCGCCGGCACGACCGAGCGCGCCUCUCGACUGCACCCCAACCUUCCUAGAACGGAUCCAUUCUCAGGGGCGGACGUCACCCCGAUACCAAUGCAACUGCUAG